AUGGCGGACAAAGACGACUGUUCUAUUUUUGGACAAACAACUGCUAAACCUUUUCGUAAUCCAUCUGCAAACAAUGUGGCAGUGUCGGAUGAAGGGGCUGAUAUGGUGGACUGCUUUAAACGUAUGGGACAGUUGUCUCGUAAGGUACGCUCUCUUGUUUGGCAUAAUAAAUUGCUAAAGGCUUAUUUACAAGCCAAAGUUAUACCUCGGGGCUUACGUUUACAUGUGGAGCCUGGGGUAGGCUCGGACAAUCAAGCAUUUAUGUCUAAAUGGCGGGCAGUGCAGUCUACAGCCUCUAAAAUGUUUAUUGAAUUGUUAAUAGACUAUUAUGAUGUACAGAUUAUUGAAAGUAAUACAAUGUUGAGGGCCUGCCAAGAGCGUAUUUUCGCAUUUUCAGAUACUAGACAAUAUAAGGAACUGUAUUCUCAGUUUAAAAUUGAUAUGGAUAAACAUGAGCGAGAAUUGCAAGCUCGGAAGAUGAAAAAAUAUGCCAGAGAUGUAAAUGAUUACAAAAAUAAUUUGGUAUAUACUUGGAAACAACAGAAGAGAGGGGUACGUUUUGAGUCAAAGAGAACAGGGACUAUAAAACGUAAAAGGGGUAAACCCAUUUUAAAGAACCCUCUGGCUACUGAAAUAACUGAUUAUUCAUCUAGUUUCUCAAAUACGGACACAGACAAUGAUAUGGGGGACACAGAGCAGCACAGCUCGCCAGCGAGCAAAAGGCCUAAUACCCCUUUAGGCGUGGGGGCCGGAAACAUCGCCAUAAAAGAUAUAGAACAGAUGUUCCUGUCGAAUCUGCAAGCUAUAUCUCGAACAGAGAUAAACGAAAAGGAUGACAUCAUUCUUACAAUAAUCGCAUACAUCGGGUGUGGAAUAUCAUGCAUUUUCCUUGGAGUCAUCUUGGUGACGUACAUAGUUUUUGAAAAACUUCGACGAGAUUACCCUUCCAAAAUCCUGAUGAAUCUUUGUAGUGCUUUGCUGUGGCUGAACAUCAUGUACCUAGUGAACUCUUGGCUGGCUUCCUUUAAAAACUCCAGUCUCUGCAUAUCAGUAGCUGUGUUUCUGCAUUUCUUCCUUUUAGCUUCAUUCACCUGGAUGGGCCUAGAAGCUGUUCACAUGUAUUUUGCAUUGGUCAAAGUUUUUAACACUUACAUCCAUAAUUUCAUAAUAAAGUUCUGUAUUGCUGGCUGGGGUAUUCCUGCUGCUAUUGUUGCUAUUGUCCUUGCAAUCAAUAAAGACUUUUAUGGAACGCCAAGUCCAUCUGAUGGAGUUACAGACUUUUGCUGGAUUACGAAUGAAGUCGUCUUCUACGUCACAGUGGUGACAUAUUUCACCAUUAUAUUCCUCAUGAACCUGGCAAUGUUCAUUGUUGUCUUGAUCCAAAUUAAUCGUAUGACAAAGAAACAGCAUAACUGGAAAGCAGGACUUUUUCAUGACCUAAAGAGCACUGCAACCCUUACAUUCUUACUUGGACUAACAUGGGGGUUCGCCUUCUUUGCUUGGGACCCUGUGAAAAUCCCAUUCCUAUAUCUUUUCUCCAUUACAAAUUCUCUUCAAGGCUUCUUCAUCUUUGUUUUCCAAUGCAUGAUGAAAGAAAAUGUGAUUAAACAAUGGCGAAUACACCUGUGUUGUGGCAGAUUCAGAAGAAAUGAAUACACAGAGUGGACUAGAAGUGUUUCAAAUGCAAAAUCCAAACAUCAAAGCCUCGCUAAGAAGUCUCCAGAAGAGUCAAGAAAAUCAAUAAAGUCAAACUCCACCAGCUCAACAUCAAAUACUUCUGUCUCUGAAAGGACCUUCACAGUCAGCCUGCAAGAAGAUCACCUGUAUGAUAACCAAGCCUUUACAUCAUCUUCUUAUACCAUGAAUAUGACUGCAAACACACAAAGGAUCUCAGCAAAGGAAUUUCAGAAUUAUUAUGGAAAUCAUCUAGAUGUGCCAGCCCCGAUGAUUAAAUGAUCUCUCUCUCUGAAAAAUCAAGAAUUCUUUCUGAAUGAUGUAAGCAGUACUUUUGUAUUGUGAAGUCAGCGCUACACAAAAAUGUUAUAGUCAUAUCAAUUAUUUUAUGCAUUGCACACAGGAAGGGGUUUAUGGACCAUGGAAUGAAUGUUGAUGGUACAACACAGUUAUAUUCAUAUCAAUUAUUUUAUACACUACACACAGGAAGUAGUUAAAGAACCAUACAAUGAGUGUUCAUGGUACAAAAAUAAAUGUUAUGUUAUCAACUAUUUUAAACACUAUACAUAGAAGUGCUUUAAGUUUAUGAGUGUUUACAGUGUAGCAUAACUGAUACUUAGAACUUUCCUGUUUACUUGUUAUCAGUAUAUAUAAACUGAGCAUGGUGUCAUACAUUUGAUAUUCACAGCUAUAUCCAUAGUGCAUAUAUUAUUACUGUUUUUUUUAUCAGUUUUAGUGUCUGCUUUCCUGGGUGUUGAGGUCCUAGUCCCAUUUCCCCUGUGUUGCAGUUUCCUGGCUACAUUCCUGAACUUUUACUGUAAUUGUGACAUCAAACUUCAUAUAGCCACUGUUCAGUCAUUUCUCCAUAGUUAUGCAUCUAUGAGGUUAUUAUAUUUAUGUAAGAGGGUGCCCUCUUAGGAGUAUAGUUGGACUUGCCCUAUACAAUACAUUAUUUCUGUUAAGCAUUCUUUUAAUGACUUGUGUUACCCCUGACUUGCAAUUGACUAGUUAGGGCUUUUGGCAACUGAGA